AUGGCCCCUAAUUGCCCCCUUCCUCACAAGGAUAAAGGAAAAGAGGACAAGGCAGAAGAAGCCUUGGAUGAGCCUGACAAAGACAAGGAAGUAAAAGUGUAUGAGGGAAAUGCAGAGGUUGCCCCCAAAGAUGCAGAGUCAGUAGGCUCUGACAAAGCUCUCGACACCUUCAAGAUAUACUCAGAGGUGGAUGAGGAAGACGAGCUGGUGGUGUACUUUGGAGCAAUGCACCACAAAGAUGAACCUCUCAAGGAAGAGGUGGUCUAUUGUGCAUCAAUGCACACAGAAAGCCUGGAAGAGCAGCUGUCCUCUGAGGGUGAUGCCCUGAUGCUAGAGGGUAGCCCUCUGGCCAGAUCGACCAGAUCUACCCCUGACACAAUACAAGAUGCCAAGCAAGGGGAUUGGUCAGAAUUGUACAGAGCUGUACACAAGUUUGCAUGUGAUGAGUGCAGUCACCACAUGGAUCAUGUAGCUGAGGGGCUACUGAGUGGUAACCUGUCCCUGGUGAGAGUUCUUGCAAAUAAUGAGAAUCAUGCUCAAUGGGAAUACAAAAGGGGUAGGGAAGAUGGAAGGUGCAUGGAAGGACAUCGAAGGGAUGCCCUUCAAGAGAUUUUGAUAGCACAUGAAGAUGUGUGUCAUGCAGCUCAACCCCAAUUAACCUUGGAUGAGCAUAUAGGAAAUGCUAUGAUCAACCUGCAACUGCAGAGUGUCAUGGCCCCUAAUGUCCAAAUAUACCCAGAUGCAGUGGUAAUCGAAACACCAUGGGGUAUGGUGUGGAUAAACAGAGAUGGGAUGGUGGAGCACAUGCCCACCUCCCAGGAAGAGGACAAUGUGAGACCUGGACUUGGUCACCUGUUUAUGGAGCAACCCACUCCAAGCAUUGCCCUGCAUGUCAACAAUGAAUGGAGCACAUUGAUGAGGUGGAAAUCAAGGAGAAUACCUCACUUGCCAUCGCCCUGCAGUUCCCUGCACAACUCACAUUCCAUGAGUAUAAUAGGGGCUGGGAAGACUGUGACUGCACUCAAAUGGAGGGGCAUGGCCUGGACAUUGAUUGCACUCAGUGCACAAUACAUGCAAUGGCUAGUUGCAUCAGAUCCCUCAAAGCACAAUGAGUGCAAGCAUUAUGUGACAUGCAAUGCAUCUAUGGAUUUGCACCCAAUAGUGAAGCUGCUGACCCACACUUUCUGGUAUGCGAUGCAUACUAGGCAAGAAGUGGGAGCUUGCCUGCAAAUAGCACCAGAACUACACAUCUAUGCAAUGGUAGACACCAUCAUAAACAGCUGUAAGGCCUAUACAAUGAUUGACACCAGAAGCACCAGAAACUUCAUGAGCCCAGCAUUUGCCAAGGUCACAAAGAUGAAGGUGUUUCCACUUGAUCAGCAGCUUAUGCUGCAAUUAGGCUGCAUAGGCAGCUGGUGA